AGUUACAUAUUUUAAAUUAUUAAUUUAAUACAAAUAUGCCAACUUUGUCAUUGUCCUCUUUUUGUGGACUCGACCGUGAAACUCGUGAUUCGUGCACGGGAGGUCGAGAUACUGAGGUUACGGCUAAAACUAGGUUCAGCGACUUUGCAGAUGGAGAGUGUGGAGAACCCUUUACUCCUCAUCAUUUGCACCUAGAUUUCACUCCUGACACAGAGGUAGACACACCCUUAGUUCAGCAAAAAAUCAUUGACUUCUGGGAUUUUGUCAACAACACGCCCGAGAUACAGCACAUGUUGAUGAAACCGGACAAGUGUAUGUCAAUUGUGUCAGCAAUAAGUGAAGUCAAGAUUACUUCUCCAUCAAAACCAAAACUACAUAAAGAGGAAGUCUUGGAAAUGGACCACACUGCGAUCUCAUCACUUGGGUUAUUUAGUAAACCAGGAUUGAUAACUGAGACACCUUCAAUGCACACGUCCCUCUCUCGGGAUUCCAAAGAGAACAACCUAGACAUAAUAAUAUCAGGUGACCCGUUGAGUAGUGGCACAAGUAAAGCAGGCCGAGCACAGAAAAGUACUAAAAAGGCCAAGAAGCUGUGUAAGAUCCUAAACGAUUGGGACGACAACCAUCCUAAGUCCAUGGAUCCUCCUGGACAUGCACCACGGCUGGAGCAUUGCGUCAUUCAAAGACAAGUGUGGGCAGACAAUCGUUGUAACUAAUAUCUUUGUAAUACGCGCUGUAAGACGCGGGCUAUACAUACUGCACAUCGAGUGUUGGAAGGAGAAAUUUUUGAAUGGGCUGUUGUAAUGAAAUAUAACAUAAUAAAUCUAGUUUUGUGUGAUACUAUGAUCAUAUUUUACUUGUAAACUUUUUCUUUUUCGACCUUUGUGUUUCGAGAAGAGUGCUCGACUGAUUUUAUUGGGUUUCAGGAGCGACUUGGCCGGUUGUCUCCUUCCAAAGGUCGGUGUGCAAUAUUUACUGCAGGGUACUGUACAAUUGGGAUGAUGACGGGUAUGAAAAUUAAAAAUUCUAAUUAGUCCGCAAGUUA